GAAAAACCGGCAGUUGAGAUGUAAACAAAUGUGGAUUGAAAUCUACAAUAAUUCAUCUGUUAAUUGACUGUUUUACAGUGGAAACGUGGUAAAUAAAGCAUCAAAAUAAUUUCAUAACGCGUGCAAAGUAGUUCCUUGAUUAAAUUAUGAAAGCGCGAGCAUUGUCGAUGAAGAAAUGAUUUGAAACAGUUGCUAAGUCUGCCAAAGACAAGUGAACAUUGAUUGAGAGUCAGAUGGAUUCGCAUUUUUCUCCUGCAUAUUUGCAGAAUCUUCUACAGACACUGAAGUCAUCUAAGAUAUAUACAGACCUGCAUAAUGCUGCACAGAGUGAAAUUGCAAAGACAAAUGUGCGUGUGUCAGAACUGAAGAAAGGGGUACAGUCAGGAUUAGCAGCAUCAGGUUGGGAGCGGAAAUUACGUAACACAAUAUACCAGUAUCUACAAACCCAUGCAUUAUCUUCUCAUCCACUUUCAACACCGGCAGAGCACAUCAAAGAGCCCUUCGUUUAUCUGAGGAAAGCACAGCAAGCAUGGGAGAAAAGAAUACUGAAGAGUUUGAACAGUAUGUGUACAGAACUGAAUAUCCCUCUUGCCAGAAAGAGACCCGACAAGGAACAAAAAGAUUUGUUGUCAAGAUGGACAGAGCUGGGAACUGAUGGACCUGAUUUAAGCCAGAUCCGACCUGUCUAUGCACCCAAGGACUUUCUUGAAGUAAUCAUGUGUCUACAGAAUCCUAAUUACAAUGCCGGGGAUUCUAGCGGAACUUACACCUUAUGGGGACUGGUCCAGUUGCCUCUGAAACUAAAUGACAUCAACAGACUGCGUAUAUUGUACAGUGAUAUGGCUAUCAACCAGUGUCAGACUGGUGUAGAUGACAGUGGUGAUAUACCUCCAGAGAUGUUUGACAGUGAUCGAGUAAAGCUUGGCAAGAAAGUGAUAGCUGGAGACCAUGGUCCCUUGGCUCAGGAAUAUGCAAAGAAGGGCUGUCCUGUCAGUCUAAGAGCUGAACUGUGGUGUCAGAUAUUAGGGAUUGAACUUGAUGAAUUUGAUACUCUGUAUUAUGAACAACUCAAAGCGAAUGUGAUAGCCCAUGACCUACUUGUUGACAGCCUGCUCUACAAGGAUGUGAAAUUAACAGCAACCAAUGAUGACCAGUAUUUUGUCUUUGAAGAUUAUCUCUAUCAGAUCUUACUGCCUUUUACGAGAGACACAGAAAUGUUGAAGCAUUUUAGUCGUAAUAGUGCCUCCCCACCUAAGUCAUAUAUACGUGGCAAGUUGGGUGUGGAAGAAUUUGCUGUGAUAUACCCUCCUAACGGUGUGAUACCUUUCCACGGGUUUGCAAUGUAUGUGGCACCCCUGUGUUACCUGUACAAGGAACCAGUCAAGCUGUACUAUGUGUUCAGGGAGAUCUACACGAGGUACUUUUUCAGGCUGCACAGUAUAUCAUCACAUCCACAGGGUAUUUUAUGUUUGAGUUUACUGUUCGAGACACUUCUGCAGACUCAUGAACCAGAAUUGUUCUUCCAUCUCAAAUCAGUGGGCUGUCAACCAUUGAAGAUUGCCUUCAAGUGGCUAGUUAGAGCAUUUUCAGGAUAUUUGUCAAGUGAUCAAGUGCUUCUGUUAUGGGACAGAGUCCUAUCUUAUAACUCUCUGGAAAUUCUUCCAAUAUUAGCUGUAGCAAUAUUCUCAUUUAGAAAGACAAACCUGCUCAAAGUACAAUCAUAUAAUGCUGCUGAGGCUGUCUUGGCUGAUCUAACUACACUGCAAGUGAUACCUCUGAUUCAGCUUGGAUUGUUUUCAAAAUGAUUGACAUUACAGCUAUAGUUCCUAGAUAUUAAUAAAAUCCACUGCAAUAACAUCAGUGUCAUUUAUGUAACACUUUAUUUCUGAAACACAUGUUGUUUGCAUUUAUAAAAUACUAUGCUUGAUAACAAUUGAGACAGCAUUUCUGUUUCCUAGACUUAACUGACUAAAACCUUGUGGUAAGGGUGUUAAAAGAGUUUCGAAAAUUUCAGGAUAUUUGCAGAUUUGCAAGCCACAAAAUGUUUGGAAACAAUCGUUAUAUAUCUUUUGUGACUGAGACGCACAGAUGUGUUUACAAGAUCUUAAUGUUCUAUAUUUCAACAUAGGAAAUAUUUUCUUCAUUUUUUGAGGCCAGAAAUCUCUCUGUAAUACUGAAGGACUGAAGCUACUUGCAUAUUAAACUGUUACAUCUGCAUACCAUUGAUACACUUGACAAUCAUCUUUGCUAAUAUUGAACUAGCUUGUUGAGGUGGACUGGGAAUGUCUGCAUGUCUACCUUGGUGGAGCAGUUGUUCUCUGAUACCUUGGUGGAGCAGUUGUUUUCUGACAAAAAAUCUCAGUUGUCCACAGACUGCAGUGAAUUUGAAACUAUUUCUACACAUUGUUCUUAAAAUAACAAGCAAAGCACCCGUCCAGCUAUGUUUGAAUGUUGAAUGUACUAGGUUUAGUGUUUACAAAUGACAAAGGUUUUAUUUAAGAUACAUCACUUUCAUAUGUUAAGUGUACUUUACAAACAUGCUUUAGCUAUCUGCUGGAGCACAAUAGAGGGGCUACAUGGCCGAGGGUUCAGGUCGCAAAGAUCAAUCACUUGUCCUCAUAGCGGUUGGUUUGAAUCCCCUCUUGGCAUGCAGAAUUCCUUCAUGGUUGGAAGCCAUCCAGCUGGCUAGGGAAAGGCUGGUGUUUCUACCCAGAUGGCUGCCUGUUCCCGAAAUAAUGCUUAAAUCAGCUAAAUAAUGAGACCCCCAAAUUGUAGUGGUGGUAUAUACGACAAAGUCUCUCAUAUUAUUAUUUCAUUAUGAAAAUGCUACCGACAUGUCAAGCAUAGAUCUGUCAUGUGAUUUCAGCAAAUAAAUGCAAAGAAAAUAAGAAAAAUAGCUCUAUAGAGCAAAAAGAACUGGGGACUAUUUGAAUCCGCCAUUUUGCGCCAUUUUCCUAUUUAGUGUAUGUAUGCCUUAUUAUAUCACUUUGGCACCCUUCUGAUAUGAUUCCUUCGCAUUUGAACUUCAAACAAUGCUUGUUUUCAAUGACAAAUCACAUAAUGAGAUGUAUUAUUUCUUAAAAAUCUGUUUCAUGUAAUCUAUUCUGUGACAUUUGCAAUGACGACGUAUAAAAUUCAACAAAGUUUAUCAGGAAUUUCAAAGGAAGAUGUUAGACUGAGAAUUUGUUGCGUUUUGCAUCUACCAUAAUUUUUCCUAACCUGAACAAAAUAAAUUUUUCUUUGUAGAAAAGA